GCCGAACCCUCUGCCUUACAAACUGAAACUCUUUUUCAACCACACCACCCCCCGCCCCUUGUUGGAAGUGUGCAUCAGGGGAAUUGGCAGCAUAUUAAUACUUCAACUCAGGGCCUUGGGACUGGGAAACGAAAACUUUUGAUCGCACAGACGCGUGAAUCCCGGGAAGGGUGGAGAGGGGCGGUCGCCAUGGGCUGUGCCUCCAGUGUAAAAACAACAAAAUCAGCUUCGUCAGUGGGAGAUUCCCAACCACAAUUAUUCAUCCAGGAAACGCUCACUGUUACCGACCGCUUGGAUCCUGCCGACCAUAACCGGCCCCCGAAAGGCGACCUCAGCUUGGCUGUAAACUGCGAGAAAGCAGACCAGGAAACUGGGGAACUGUUGUGCCAAUCAUGGGCACAGGGAGCCGCUGAUCCUAGUCCUAAUGUUUUAGAAAGGAAUCUGGGAGAGCAGCAGUUUGUUUUGAAAGACAUUAUUAAUUCAUAUCCUGAGGAUCAGGGCCAGACUGUCAGCAAGGUCAGUGUGAGUGUUCAAGAUGGUAUAAAUGACCCAACACAGCCAGAAACUACUAAGACCUCAAAUGCUGGUUUCCAUAACCUGAUGCUACAUUGCGAGGGAGGCCUGCUGAUGAGACAUGAUGAUAGUUCAUUUUCUAGGGUGACCGACUCUUCUUCCAGCUUACCCAGUGACCUGUACCCACCAGUUAUAAUUGAUAAUGGCAGUGGACUGAUAAAGGCUGGACUCUCAGGAAAUCAUUCUCCGACGUACGUUUUUCCAAGCGUGGUUGGAAGACCAAAGAACUCAACAUUGAAUGUUUUUGGAUUAUCAGAAAGAUGCACUUAUGUUGGAGAGGCAGCCCAAAGAAAACGCAGCAUUCUUCAUUUGAUUUAUCCAAUUCAGCAUGGACUGAUUGCAAACUGGACAGAAAUGGAAGUGCUCUGGAGACAUACGUUUGAAAACGAGUUGCGUGUUGACAUUCAGGAGCACCCAAUUGUUCUGACAGAACCGCCAAACAACCCCCAGCAGAUCAGGGAGAAAACAACUGAGAUUUUUUUUGAAGCAUUCCAAGUUCCAUCUCUAUUUCUGGGGAUUCAAGCAGUGCUGGCACUACAUUCCACUGGUAAAGUUACUGGAACUGUCAUCGAUUCAGGAUCGGCUGUGACACACGUGGUUCCCAUUUUUGAAGGAGGUGCUUUGGAUAACAUCACCCAGCGUGUGUACCUGGGAGGACAGGACCUGACAGAGUACAUGAUGAGAUCCCUAGCUGAAAACAAUAGCUGGUCCUUCACUUCCAAAGCUGGGUUAGAUAUUAUCAGAAAUAUCAAGGAGAAAUUUUGCUACGUUGCCCUUAAUUUUGAAGCAGAACUCGAAAACUUCAAGAACAAUCCAGAAGAAAUAAAGGAAGAGUAUGAGCUUCCAGAUGGACAAAAUAUGAUCAUCACAACCCAGAAAUUCAUCUGCCCUGAAGUCAUCUUUAAGCCAUUUAUAUUAGGCAAAGACAUACAGAACCUGCCUGCCAUGGCACACUCAGUGAUUGAGAGGUGCAGUGAGGAGACCCGCUAUGACAUGUACACCAACAUUGUACUAGCUGGUGGUAACAGUAUGUUUAGAAACAUGGAAGAACGUUUACAACAGGAGAUGACAAACCUUGCAAAACCAGGGACCAAGGUGAAGAUUCUUGCACCUCCCAACAGGAACUAUCUUUCAUGGAAAGGAGCAGCCAUUUUGUCUAGUCUUUCUAAUUUCCACCAGAUGUGUGUAUCCCGCCAAGACUUUGAAGAAUUUGGAGCCACGGUUUUACACAGAAAACUAAUUUAGUGAGAUAGGAAAACAAAUCCUGAAAUCCAAAGAAAAAUUAAUCAAUAUUAAUUUAAUUUAACAAACACAAAACAGAAAGUAUCAAUGUUUGUUGUAAGCCAUUUGUUCAUUACUCUUACUCUACUUAAUCAUCAUGGAAGCACUGGGGUGAUGGCAUUGCAACUUCAUUGAGUGGGAAUGGACAGCAACAAUGUGUGAUGAACAGAUGGGGGUGAUGUAUAAUGACAGGUCACUGGCUGAGACUGGACUGUGCACCAUUUUAGUUUGUAUCUUAAGUAAACUUCACUGGUAACGCCUCAAUAAAUCUUAACUUUCAAUCCCCAAAAUGCCGGUGCCUUCUAGCCAGACUAUUAAAUUUUCAAUCGCACCAGUAGGUGAAACGUUUAUCCUAUUCUACCUUUCAGUCUUUUACAUCUUCACAAUGAAAAGUCAUCAACAGCUUGUUUACUAUCAAUAACGUAUUCCUGAGACCACAAGUGAUGAGCAACAUUCACACUGAAACCAUUGCAGAACAGUACGGUUUCAAAGAUUGUUGAGGCAAUGCCCCAUGAGACAGACAGAAAUUCGAGUUUAUAGCUGUUUUGCAGGAGGUUCUCAGACUUGUGUUAACGGAGGCCUCAAAACUCAGGUCAUUUCAAAUUCUGAAUGUAAAUUGAAAAUAUAUCUAAUUCGUGGUUAUGUACAACUUUUUGGUGGGAGAGGGGGUACUUAUUUUGAAAAUAAAACUCAUUCUUGUAUAACUGCA